AUGGCAUCGACAGCGGACACAUCUUCAGCAGCUACUGCAGACCAAGGCGGACAGAGCAGAGGCGGAAGAGGAAGAGGUAGAGGUGGCAGAGGCGGUCCACGGGGAGGCUUUGCACAUCACAGCGACAGAGGCGAGGAUCGGUCAAGAGGUGAAGGCGGAGGUAGAAGCCGCGGCAGAGGCAGAGGACGAGGUGGGCGUGGCAGAGGCAGAGGACAAGACAACCACUUUCAGGGCGCGACUGUAGUCUCAAAUGAACAAGAUGCAACGACAGCACCGCCCCCACCGCAGCCGGGAGGAACGGGCGUCUUUGGUGCUCGCCUGACCAAAGACGCCCAGGGAAACACCCAAGGCGAGUCCGGCAGUGCGCCGGCGGCAGAGGACGAUGAUGUCGAGGCGGAGGUGUGCUUCAUCUGCGCAUCGCCUGUUUCACACAACAGCGUCGCUCCCUGCAAUCACCGCACAUGCCACAUCUGCGCCCUUCGUCUGCGAGCGUUGUACAAGACCAAAGCUUGCGCACAUUGCAGAACGGAGGCCGCGACUGUCAUCUUUACUGAUGACCCCGAGAAGCGGUAUGAGGACUACGAGACGACCGACUUCUUCCGCACCGACCAGAACUUGGGCAUUAGCUAUGAAAAGCCGGAGAUCUUUGAAGAUACGGUUCUGCUGCUCAGGUACAACUGUCCCGAUGAGAGCUGUGACAUCGCUUGCAUGGGCUGGCCAGAUCUACAUCGCCACGUGCGGAGUGUGCACCAGAAAGUCAUGUGCGAUCUGUGCACAAGAAACAAGAAGGUCUUCACACACGAGCACGAGCUAUUCACUCACCAGGAACUCCGGCGGCAUGAGAAGUUUGGAGAUGACAACCCGGGUGCGGUGGAUCAGAGCGGAUUCAAGGGCCAUCCCGAGUGUGGGUUCUGUAGACAGCGCUUCUACGGAGACGACGAGCUUUUCGCUCACUGCAGAGAGCGCCACGAGCGAUGCCAUCUUUGUGAUCGACGCACAGGUGGAGUCAACCCACAAUACUUCAUGAACUAUGAAGCACUCGAACAGCAUUUUGGAAAAGACCAUUUCCCCUGCCUGGACUCGGAAUGCUUGGAGAAGAAGUUUGUCGUUUUCGAUUCGGAGAUGGAUCUCAAGGCUCACCAGUUGGAGAACCACCCCAACGGCCUGUCAAAAGAUGCUCGCCGAGAUGCCAGGAGAGUCGAUCUGUCGUCUUUCGACUAUAGACCGCAAUACGUAGAACCACGCCGAGGAGGAGGAAGGAGAGCUGGCAGAGGCCGCGAUCCCAAUGCCGAUCCUAUGCCAGCCUCUUCUGGUGGACACAUGAGUCGAGCAGAAAUUGCCCAUCAACGCGAGAGAGAGGUUCACAGCGCCCAAUCAGUGGUCAGCCGCUCAUUUGGUGGUCAACUUUCCCAGCCGGAUCCAACGCCUGCUCAAGCUACGCAACGAGCACCGCGGAAUCCAGCAGUCACUAACGCCCAGCCCGCGAAUGGUACAUCUGCGCCGACUUCACCACGCCCUGCCGAAGCUCUGACACCACAAGAACAAGCACGAAGACUUCGCCAUGCUGCUGUGACAGAACGUGCCUCGAACCUGCUUCGCAACGACAAAGUGAAGCUUGACGAGUUUCGGGAGCGAAUCUCAGCCUACCGGAAAGACAACAUUAGUGCAGGCGAUCUGAUCGAUGCGUUCUUUGCCUUGUUCGACACUGCAUCUGACGAUUUGGGCAAGCUUGUCAAAGAGCUUGCCGAUAUCUUCGAAGUGCCGGGCAAGAAGGAUGCGUUACUCAAAGCCUGGUCGGACUGGAAGGCAAUCAACGAGGACUACCCAUCAUUACCUGGACCAGCAGGUGCCAACACCACUGCAGCCGGUGUACUAGGUCAAGGCGUGGGAGCUUCUCGUGUCUUGAAGUUGAAGAGCUCCACUGCGCAAAGCUCCCGCUCAGCGGUAAGCAGGCAGGCUUCGUGGGCAGGCUCAGCUACGGCGAGUUCCUCGAACCCUUUCCCUUCACUACCCGCUUCACGAAAACCACAGUCCCGAGCACCGCCUGCCCCGACCCCGACAUGGCUCGCAGUCCGCCCAGCUCCAUCAUCGUCAUCUCCAUCUCUGACUCCCUCAGCCUCUGCUCGCGCCUCCCCAGCACCAAGCAGAAACCAAUCCAACACGAACCUUGCUCGCGGCAAAGAUGCGUUCCCGGCAUUACCCGCAGCAAAGAAGCCUACAUCGACCGUCUUCUCUCCAGGUUACACCGGGUCGGGCGUUAUUAGAACUAUUUCCAACUUCGCUGGUGUUAAUGCGUGGGGCGGUUCGAGUGCACCAGGCAGCAACGGAACAAACACACCGAUAUCACCGACUGAUGCAGAAGACGGAGCAGCCACCGGCAAGAAAAAGGGUAAUAAGGGCAAGAAGCAGAUGCUAUUUCAGUGGGGCUAA